UGUGGCACACCACUACCCAGUCCCGGGGAUCGAGUAAACUAAGACUCGGCCUUACACCCCGCCCCGGCCAGGGAGACAGUCCCACAAGCUCUAGCAGAGGAAAGAAAGUUCGCGCGAAAAGCGGACUCAAACCGCUGAACCUUCUGGGAAAUGUAGUCUACCCUCAAAAGAGUGGCACGGAAGACGGGCCGAGAUCUGUAGAUUCCGUCCGGUUCUGAUCCUGGGCCUGCCCCAGCCCAGGAGAUCUCUGGGAGCCCUGCCCGCACGAAGGAGUGCGCAGGCGCAGACUCUCCGACUAGCCAUGGUGGUCUUUGUCUGCUGGCUUGCUUCCUUGUACAUCCUCAGGAGCUGCAAAAUCUCUUAGAGUUCUAAGGGCUCUGCCUGAAUUUUGGGAUGGUGCCUUGUUCCCCAACCAUAACAUCCAAGUCCAGUGUCAUUUUUCUUCUCACAAGUUUAAAGUCAACACUUAAAAGAAGGACAGCAACAGAUGAUUGAGAAAGAAAUGUGAAGAAGGUUCUCUGUGUGAGUAAGCAAGAACCUGAAGAAGCCUGGGAAGUUUAUAAACAGAUAAAGACGCAACAUGAAAGACUUGUAAGUUAAGUCUCAUCUUUCUCUGUGAAAAUACAGACUGAGGAAAAAUUUAGGAAACAAAGUAUUUCCUCUGAACACAGUCAUUGAUUCUUCAAGACUACCCUACUGCGUAUGGGACUCAGUUUAAAACAGUUUGAAACAUAAUUUAUAAAUAAUUUAUACCUAAAUAUGAGAGAAGCUGUAUAAGAACCAUUAAGAAUAUAAAGAGAAUGUUACAUUUUAUCCCUUUUUGUAAUCAUCUCAUCUCAGGGUAAUCAAUGUAAGAAAAGUCUUCCAUCAUAAAUUUAACUUCAUUAGAUACCCGAGAAUUAGUAUUGAAAAUACACCCUAUGAAUUUAGUGAAUGUGGGAAAGCUUUCAUCAUUAUUACAUCUUAUUUGAUACUAGGGAAAUCUCCUGAUUAAAUUCACAUGCAUGAUAGGCAUGUUGGAAAGUCUUCAGCAUGAAUCAGAUCUCCUUCAGCAUGAUCAAAUUCAUACUGGAGAAGAACCUUAUGAAUGUAAUGAAUGUAGAAAAACCUUUAGCCUGAAGCAGAACCUCAUAGAGCAUAAGAACAUGCAUACUGGAGAGAAAUCUCAUGAAUGCACUGAAUGUGGUAAAGUGUGCUCUCGAGUCUCAUCCCUUACUUUACACCUUAGAAGUCACACAGGAAAGAAGGCAUAUAAAUGUAAUAAAUGUGGAAAAGCCUUCAGCCAGAAAGAAAACUUCCUUUCUCAUCAGAAACAUCACACUGGAGAGAAACCUUAUGAAUGUGAAAAAGUCUCUAUUCAGAUGCCAGCCGUCAUCAGACACCAGAAAAAUCAUAUAGGAACCAAACCCUAUGCAUGUAAGGAAUGUGGCAAAGCCUUUAACGGCAAAGCGUAUCUCACUGAGCAUGAGAAAAUUCAUACUGGAGAAAAACCAUUUGAAUGUAAUCAGUGUGGAAGAGCCUUCACCCAGAAGCAAUACCUCGUUAAACAUCAGAACAUCCAUACUGGAAAGAAGCCCUUUAAAUGUAGUGAGUGUGGAAAAGCUUUUAGCCAGAAGGAAAACCUCAUUAUACAUCAGAGAAUCCAUACUGGAGAGAAACCUUAUGAAUGUAAAGGGUGUGGGAAAGCUUUCAUUCAGAAGUCAAGCCUCAUUAGACACCAGAGAAGUCACACAGGAGAGAAACCUUACACAUGUAAGGAAUGUGGGAAAGCCUUCAGUGGCAAAUCAAAUCUCACUGAGCAUGAGAAAAUUCAUAUUGGAGAGAAACCCUACAAAUGUAAUGAAUGUGGAACAAUCUUCAGGCAGAAGCAAUACCUCAUUAAACAUCACAAUAUUCAUACAGGAGAGAAACCCUAUGAAUGUAAUAAAUGUGGAAAAGCCUUCUCUCGAAUCACAUCACUUAUUGUACACGUGAGAAUUCAUACGGGUGAUAAGCCUUAUGAGUGUAAGGUCUGUGGGAAAGCCUUCUGUCAAAGCUCAUCUCUUACUGUGCAUAUGAGAAGCCAUACAGGUGAGAAACCCUAUGGUUGUAAUGAAUGUGGGAAAGCCUUUUCUCAGUUCUCAACCCUUGCUCUGCACAUGAGAAUCCAUACUGGUGAAAAACCUUAUCAGUGUAGUGAAUGCGGGAAAGCUUUCAGCCAAAAGUCACAUCACAUUAGACACCAGAGAAUUCAUACUCAUUAAAGUUCUCUAUGAAUGCCUUGGAUUUAGCAAAACGUUCAGCAAUUUUACACUUAGUAGUGUGUUGGAAAAUUCAUUUUACAUUAAAGUGACAUGAAUGUGGGAAGUCCUUCAGCAGCAAUUCAAAACUUAAAUACUGUGAUGUUUAAUAAGUAUUAUAGUAUAAAGAAAACCCGUACCCCCAAAACUCCCACAACAAGCGUUAUCGAUGCCGUACUUCUAGGAGUAUUCUCAUUAAAGUUAGGAUCUAGUCAUGGACACUACUUAAUGUGUUCCUGGAAGGCCUACCAGAUGCAUUAAGAAAUAGAUAGGAGACGGAUAACGUUUUGAAAUUAAGAGACAAAAUUAUCAUUUUUGUGAUAUGUUUUGCUACAUAUAUGACUUGUAAAACUAGAAUCAUCAAAAUUAUGUGUCGUUGAAGCAGUCAAACUGAGACUGAGACAGAAUAUUGAAUUCAGAAAUAUAUGCAUGAAUAUAUGGGGAACUGGUAAUUGAUAGAGGCGGUAUCCCAAAUUGGUGGGGAAAUCAUGGAUUAUUUAAAAAGUAAUUGACUCUUCAUAUGGAAAAAUAAUAGAUCUCUCCCAUCAUCAUACGUUAAAAUAUUUUUCUUAUGAAUUCUAAAAGUACUGAAGACUAAAAUGCAAAAAGCAAUACUUAAUACUAUAACAGUUUUAUAAGAAAAUGUUUUUAAAACCUUAGGGCAGGAAAGAAUUUCUAAAACAUUCCAGAAUACCUGGUAGUUCCACUCUUGAGUAUGGUAGUCCCCUAUUUUCUGCAAGGGAUGGACUCUAAGAACCCCAGUGGAUACCUGAAACCCAGAUAGGACCAAACUCUAUGUCUAUGUUUUUUUUCUUAUCUAUACAUACCUAUGAUAAAAUUUACUUUACACAUUAGACACAGCAAGAGAUUUAAAACAAUAAUAAAUAUAAUGGAACAAUUAUAACAAUAUGCUGUAAUCAUAAAAGUUAUGUGAAUAUGAUCUUUCUCAGAAUACCUUAUUGUACUAUUCUCAACUGUUUAUGAACUGUGGUGACCACAGGUAACUGAAACCAUGCAAAGCAAAGCUGUGGAUAAGGGGGAACUACUAUAUAUAUGCAUAUACCCAAGAAACACAUGAACACAGGGAGUCACAUACUGGUCUGUAGCUGUAUAAUUCAUUGCACCAUGAGUUAUAGUAGCCAGAAAUUGGGAAACAAAUGCCUGUCUCUUGUGAAAUAGAUGAAUAAAAUGUGACAUAGUAACAUAGUAGAAUACUCUCUAGCAGUUAAGUGACAAAUUAAGUCUAUAUAUUAACAGAAAGAUUAAAAAAAAUUCAAGUGAAGAAAAAUGAACAUAUUGUAAUGAUGCUUCUGUGAAUUUGAAUAAAAUCAACACUAAUCAGCCCUAGUACUAAGCAUGGUUAUGGAUAAAUUAUGUAAAACUAAAGAAUGGAUUGAAAGGAUAUGUAUGUACUCAAUUCCCAAAAGUGGAGUGGUUACCUCUAGGAAGAAAGGAGGUAGAAGGGAAAUGUUACCAAGCAUGGUAGUUAAAGGAUACUUCAAUUUUGUAUCUAUUUCUUAUUAAAAAGAAAUAAACAUGCUAAGUAAACUAACAAAAUGUUAAUUCUGGGUGAUGGUAAUAUUUGUGUUCAUUCUAUCAUUCCUGUUAUUUAUUUCCUUAAACUUCUGAAAAUUAAAAAGUCCAGAAAGGAGUGAGGAACGUAUACAUGAAACAUUAUAAUGGACUUACAUUCCUAGUCAGAUACUAAUAUUCUAUAGAAGAUAUUUCUAAAAUCAUAUGAAAUAAUUUUUUUUUUUU